AUGGCGUUUAAAGAGCCAAUCUUGCCUUCGCGCUACACCUUCCUCUCCAACAUUCUCCUCCAACAUUCUCCUCCAACAUUCACCCCCACAUUUACCACCACCAACUACCCACCGCCUUCCACAUAUGAAGUCACUAGCUUUCGCGCAGAGUGCCAUCGUCCUCCCCUCAGCCCAUUCCACCUUCACGUCACAAACAUCAACUCGAAGCCCGUCGCGCCUUCGCGCCCUUCACCAGCGCGCCGCGCGCAUGUGCGAACCCGUCAGCGCGCCGGACAAGACCCCGGCCGUCGCCGAGGAGCCGCUCUCCGCCGCCGAGAAGACACGCCGCGCCCUGUCCGAGUCCAAGCCGCUUGUCAAGUUCCGUCGCGACGCAGAGUAUCUCGAUGAAAAGACAGACUUCGUCUACACUAAGGGUGUCGAGUCCGGCAUCGAUAUCUGGCUUAUCGUCGGCAUUCUCACCUUUUUGGUCCCGAUCGUUGGGUUUGCUAUCGGCGUUGCGACGGGCAAUAUUGAUCUUAGCCCCAGAUAAGGGCGAGGGUCGUUGCUCAUUCUGGUUUUUUGUCUCGGAGUACUCGCAGCGGCUUAGAGGGCGGUUUUAUGUCGAAUACCUCCGUUUUUGUGCAUAGUGACCCGGAGUUUUGACACCUGCAACGCGCCUCAUGUGUUAUGUAAACUGUUUUGAUCAUGCGGUA